AGGCACUAGUAAUUGCAGUGUGCAGACCAGUUCUCAUCUCUCUCUCUCUCUCUCUCAUAAAAAAGAUUUCGAUUUUCUCUGUUUUUCUGAAAGCUCUCUCUCUCAAGUGUUUUAUCGAACAGGUCGUGUACUAGACAAAAUUUCCAAAAUUUUUUGACCCCCGGUGACUCUUGCCGGCAAGUCACCGGUAAAAAUCUAAAUUAACCGCCGGUGAAACCAUUAGUGUGUAUGUAUAAAGAAAGAGAGGACGCUCCAAAACGGGUGCUUUUUCUUCCCCUUUUUGGGUUUUGUCCACAGUUUCUGUGUAAAAGGGGAAUAAGAUGGUGGGGCACCGCCGUUUCCACCGUUUGAUGGAUCGAGGACGAACACGGCUCCAAAGGGGUGUUAUUUGGUGCUGCUGAGGAUACGAGGGGGAUAGAGAGAUACAUAAAGGGAGUUAAAUAGAUUGGAAUAUUCGUAUUUGAUAUACUGAUAGAUAGUGUUAGAUGGGGAAAGUGGUGUUGGGGAUGGCGGCGGGCCUGGCAGUGGUAGCUUGUGCGGUGGCGACGGUGAUGGUGGGGAAGAGGGUUCGGAGCAGGAAGAAGUGGAGGAGAGUGGUGAGAGUGUUGAGGGACUUGGAGGAGGCGUGUGAGACUACAGUGGGGAGGCUGAGGCAGGUGGUCGAUGCCAUGGCUGUGGAGAUGCACGCUGGUUUAGCCUCCGAGGGAGGCUCCAAGCUCAAAAUGUUGCUCACUUUUGUCGAUAAUCUCCCUACUGGAUGUGAGAAGGGAACUUAUUAUGCUCUAGACCUCGGAGGUACCAAUUUAAGAGUCUUGCGAGUUCAGUUAGGAGGUGAAAGGUCACCUAAUCUUGAUCAAGAUGUGGAGUCACAACCCAUUCCCGAACAUCUGAAGAAUGGGACAAUGGAGGAUCUCUUUGAUUUUAUAGCUUCAUCAUUACAGCAAUUCAGUGAAAGGAAAGAAAAUGGUUCUGGACAGUCUCAACUCAUGAGAGAGCUUGGAUUUACAUUCUCAUUUCCCAUGAAACAAACAUCUGUUUCAUCAGGCAUUCUAAUCAAAUGGACAAAAGGGUUUGCAAUUGAAAACAUGGUUGGAAGAGAGAUAGCUGGUUGUUUACAACAAGCACUGACUAGGAGAGGUUUAAAUAUGCGGGUUGCUGCCUUGGUGAAUGAUUCUGUUGGAACAUUAGCUCUUGGACAUUAUCAUGAUGCAGACACUGUUGCUGCAGUGAUACUUGGAACAGGUACUAAUGCCUGCUAUUUGGAGAGGACAGAUGCUAUAAUAAAGAGUCAAGGACUUCUUACAACCUCUGGAGGCAUGGUUGUCAACAUGGAAUGGGGAAGUUUUUGGUCAUCUCAUUUGCCGAGAACAUCAUAUGAUAUUGAAUUGGAUGCUGAUAGUCGAAAUCCAAAUGAUCAGGGGUUUGAGAAAAUGAUAUCAGGCAUGUAUCUGGGUGACAUUGUUAGAAGAGUGAUCCUCAAGAUUUCACAGGAGACAGAUGUUUUUGGGCCUGUUUCUUCCAAGUUAUUGACGCCCUUCACCUUGUGGGCAGAUUCAGUGGCUGCAAUGCAUGAGGAUGACUCUCCUGAAUUGACUGAAGUAGCAAGAAUAUUGAAACGUGAUCUUGAGAUUCAAGAUGUUUCCUUGAAGGUACGUAAGCUUGUUCUAAGAAUAUGUGACGUGGUAACGCGUAGAGCUGCCAGACUGGUAGCUGCUGGUAUUGUUGGGAUUUUGAAAAAGAUUGGCCGUGAUGGGAGUGGUGGCUCAACUGGUGGCAGAAGUAGAAGCGAUGCUAAUAUCAGGAGAACAGUUGUGGCAAUUGAAGGGAGUUUGUAUACAGGUUAUGCAAUGUUUAGAGAGUAUUUGCACGAAGCAUUGACUGAAAUAUUGGGAGAAGACAUGGCUCAACAUGUUGUUCUAAGACCUGUAGAAGAUGGACCUGGCAUCGGAGCAGCUCUCCUAGCUGCCUCACAGUCAACGCAAACUGUGGAUAGCGUACAGCAGCCAUAAUCAUAUAUAUAAUUUAUUUAUAUAUAUAUACACAUAGCCCCUGUACAUGUAGAAUUCAUUUCCAUAUCUUUUAAUAUAUAAGAAAAGGGUUUGUUCUUUACAUGCCCCCAAGUGUAUCAUCAUCCUUCAUUUUUUACCUCCAAGAAAGGUCAUUGUAUAUUUGAUGCUGGCAAUGUGAAAAUGAUGUCUUUUUGUCUCAGAAAUGAGAAUGGUAUUCUUUAUAAUACCCUUGAACAUCAUGUAUUUGCACAACUUUUGUCUGAAAUGAAAGGCGAUGUCGCAU